CCUCAACACGAAGAAGACCUGCGCACGCGCAGGUCGCUCAGCUGUGGGGAACAGUUUGGUUUCUGGGGGAAAGGAGUGAAACAGGUUUUUAUUUUUGCUUUUAUUUGUGUCCGGUAAAACACGAUGGCCGGUACCGCGCUGAAGAGACUCAUGGCGGAGUAUAAACAGCUGACUCUGAACCCACCUGAGGGGAUCGUCGCAGGUCCAGCCAAUGAGGAGAACUUCUUUGAGUGGGAGGCUCUCAUCAUGGGUCCUCAGGACACAUGUUUUGAAGGUGGAGUGUUUCCAGCCGUCCUCAGUUUUCCCUCUGAUUAUCCGCUCAGUCCUCCGAAGAUGAGGUUCACCUGCGACAUGUUUCACCCCAACAUCUAUCCAGACGGUCGGGUGUGUAUCUCCAUCCUCCACGCUCCAGGUGACGAUCCGAUGGGAUAUGAGAGCAGUGCAGAGAGGUGGAGUCCAGUCCAGAGUGUGGAGAAGAUCCUGCUGUCUGUGGUCAGCAUGUUGGCAGAGCCCAACGAUGAAAGUGGAGCAAACGUCGACGCCUCCAAAAUGUGGCGCGAGGACAGAGAGCAGUUUUACAAACUCGCCCAGAAGAUUGUGCGCAAGUCGCUGGGCCUUUAGAGACGAUGUCAUCACGCUGAGACGAUGAUGUCAUCACGCUGAGAUGAUGAUGUCAUCACCUCGGGACGGUGCCCAGCACUCUGUUUGUAUGUGUUUGUUUCAGAAACACUCCUCUUUUUCCCGCCUCUGCUACCUUUUCACACGGAUAACAACCACAGCUUUCUCCUCGUCACCAUGGAAACCAACACACGCACACAGAGUGCUGCUGAGACGGACAGAUCAAUAAACUGAUGGAUGGAGGAGACGGACGUUUGUGAUUAAAUUUCAGGACGUUUCCAUCUACAUGUUACUCAUACUCAAAAUUACUACAAGUCGACAGAAGAAAAACAAAAUCGCUCUGUGGGUUCGUGUCAUGUGACUCUCGAUGACAUCAUCACCACCUCUAUGGACCGAUUCACACCUGGACACAGCGGUCCAACAUGGAAGUUACUCAUGAUACAACCACCAGUAUUAUUAUAUUUUGUUAAUUUUGAUCAGUAUCAAUAAUAAUCAAUAUUGAUACCAUGAAUGAAAUCUGAACUUUUGGAUGUUGUGGGACGUCAUCUUCAUGUUUCCAAUAACGUGUUUCCCUGUUUCAGUCGUCCACCUGUCGGCUGCGUAGCUCUGCUGCUAGACGAGGUUUGACCCAGAGCGGAUACUCAGUUUAUUGUUUCUCGUUUUAUCACCCAGACCUACAGCAGACGAUUUCAUCCAGUUUAAUCCAGGUGAGAAUCUGACUGAGUGCACACCUGUUCUCAGGUCAGUUUGUUUGAGCAGAGUCCAGUUUUAUCACCUCGCUGUGUUCAUGUUUGGUAAUCCUCCCAGAAAGACACCUGACAACAAGUAAAUUUGAAGCGUUGGAGCAUUUUGACUAAAAAUAAAUUGUAAAACCUGAAGAGUCGGUUCCCAGCUGGAACUGAAAACAGCAGGUUUUCAAGUGCGAACCAUGACAACAUCAGUCCGUGUCAUAUUCGACCGCGGUGUGUCCCUCCUGUCAGGCUGCUGACGGCAUGGUCAGUGAAACUCCAUAAAACCAGUGGUAGCUGUGCAUGUUCCCACACCUGGCAUGCGAUUCUCUGUAUUACAAAUAUCUAUAACAGAGCAAAUAUUCACAGGUGAUGAGAUACGACACCUUCCAUUAAUGAUACAUCACUGAUCACACUGGUUCUGACCUAAACUGGUGGAAAUGUGGGCUGGUUCUCUGGAUAGAGAUAGGUUCCACGGAUCCCGAGCGGAACCUGAACCAGAGAUAAUCUGGUGGAAAAGGGGCGAGUUUCACAUCAGAAAAAAAAAAAUCAGCCCAGGGAACUAAAUGUCAGUUUCAGUUCUGGGAACCUCAGAUGUUUGACACCCAGACCUGCACUGAAAAGCUUGGUGGUAACGAAAGGCGACCUCGUCUGCACCCAACAACGAGAUAAACAUCAUGUUAUUUUCUUCUUAUCGCUCAUUAUGACAUCUCUGUCAUUUUGGGAUCUGGAUUAGGCCAACUAAAAAUAAUUUUGAUAGUCUACCAAUUAAUUUUGUCAACGAAUCAAUUGUUUAGUGUAUAAAAUGUCAUAAAACAAUAAAAAAACAGCUCCUCAGAGCUCUCAUCUUGAGAGUGCUCGGCAAUAGUCUGAAAUAUUCACCUAAUGAUAUAAAACAGAGAAAAGCUUGGAAAUCAUUUUUGCUCAGUAAAUGUUUCAAAUUCUUUUCCUGUUGAUUGAUUAAUCGGUAAUUCAGCCAUCUGAUCAGGAUCCUCCUGGGCCCCUGCUUUUGGAGGUUUUUCGGUCACAUCCAACUGGCAGGAGACCCUAGGUUAGACCCAAAACUCACCUCAGGAUCCUCCAGGAGGCCCGACCCCAGAUAAGAGGAAGAAGAUGGAUGGAUAAUUAAUUGUUUCAGUGGUGGUCAUGAGCCACAGUUCACCCGAUUCUCUGUUGCUGUUCAUAAAUUUGGCUUUGUAUUCACUGUCCGUUCGAACAGACGCUCCUCAGUUUCUCUCUAUGGGACUUUAUGCACUUUACCUCUUCCCAAAGGACGAGUAUCUACGUCUGUGGAGGCUUCACGACUUUUCAGCCCAUCAGGACCUGAAGGUGUUGAGAGGAGGACCUCCGACUGGUUUUAGUUCUGUUAUUGUUUGUACAGAAUUAGUGAGGAUGGUCUUUGUCUGCGGCAGAAAGGACAAUGGACUGUGACGUUUUGUUGUGACAAGUUUCUUUUAAUUUGUCUGUUGAUUUAAGAGAACUUCAUUGAAAUAAACAGAGGGAAGAGUAACAGAA